UCUCUCUCUCUCCUACACAUCUCCAGCUCACUAUCUUCCAAAGGACAUUCACAUGCCUUUGUUUUCUGGCAAUGGAAAGUAGUAGUAGUUAUAGUAGUAGCUAGUGUUCCACGCCACGUCCUUCAAGUUCAGGUCAACUGCUGCUUCCUUAUCAUCCACACCACCCACCCAUUUUUCUCAGAUCAGAUCAGAUCGGAUCACUAGCUACUACUGCUUUGCCUUUGGCUCUCCCAAUUCCCAAGCAUUCCUUUUACACUUACAGCAACUUUGUAUCAUCACUUUAAUAGCCCGGAUUAAUUGCUCGCUCCCUAUGGAUUCCACAAUAAUUCUCUUGAUGCUUCUUCUUCCAUCCUCGUUAAUUCUGCUGUCUCUGCCUAAUUGGGAAGUUGAAGCUGCAGCAGCCAAAGCCAACCCUCCUCCCGAAAUCACUGUUAUGGGCAUGGUUUACUGUGACAUCUGCUCCAACAACACCUUUUCCAGGCACAGCUACUUCUUACCAGGUGUGGGGGUCAGAAUAGACUGCACAUUCAAAGCAAUUUCUCCAAAAACCACGGAGCAGAUUUCGUUCUCGGUGAACAGAACCACCAACAGAUAUGGAGUGUAUAAGUUGGAAAUACCGUCGGUGGACGGAGUUGAAUGUGCGAGAGACAAAGCCAUGGAGUCUUCCUGCAGGGCAAGCCUGAUGUGGAGCUCCUCUUCUUCCUGCAAUGUUCCCGGUUACACCACCACCUCCGAUGAGAUAGCCGUCAAGUCCACCCAAUCCAAUCUCUGCAUUUACAGCCUAAGUGCUUUGAAUUAUAGGCCAUCCCACAUAGACAUUGCCUUGUGCCAGAAUUAGAACCCAAAAUGUCCUCCUCGAGCCUAAUUAAUAAGUUGAGGCAUAUCCAUCGAGCUUUGUUUUUGUUCAUGGAUGAUUAAUCCUCUCUCUCUCUCUCUCUCUCUCUGUAUUAUUGUUACGCAUUUAUAUAUAUAUGUGUAUGUAUAAAGCUGAGUAAAUGUUUAUCAAAGUUACAUUUUUUUUUUUUAGUACAGCCGGCCAUUCAACUACAAGUGCAAUGUGUAGUGUGGUUAAGAUUCAGCACUCUUUAGGCAUCAGUUUUGUCCACAUGAUGAAAGAUAAGGCUGAGGCAUGGAGAGGGUGAAAUUCAGUCACGUUGCCUACUACUCUUCA